AGAUUUGGAAGACGGCAGCUUCCACGUCGACCACUCGACUCAACUCUUGCUCUCCAACGGCUCUGUCGUGUGCACUCCGCGUGGCACCCAUUUUCUUUCUUCAAAGCCACCAGAGACGUUCUUAUCUUGACCUUAGAAGUCUAAAGUCUACCAAAAGCCUCGACGCAGAGCUAUGUCAUACUACAGCAACAACCGCAGUCCUCCACCCCUCCAACAUCCUGUACCAACACACCCUGCUUACAUACCGGAACCACCUUCAACACCAGUGUCGCCACAAGGAUACCAACGUUAUACCAGCUCUCCACCCUCUCAAUCCUACCCUCAACCAAUUCCACCUCAACAACAUAUAUCGCCAAGCUAUAUCUCACAUGGAGGGCAAUACCAACCUAUAGGCUCACCACCACGACAACAGCCUAUCCAUGGACAAGUCCCGUCACAUAUGCCUCCGACAGCGCCAGUAGACUUUUCUGCGUGGGGUUUGAACGAUGCAACGGCACAAUUUGGGAUGCAGUUGGGUCAGAGUGCAGUUGCUGCGGGUCAGGACUACGUGCAGAAGAACCUCGGAGGACUCAUACCAAUCACAGCUGUAAAGCGGUACUUCAACGUGUCCAACUCAUAUGUUGUUCACAAGCUUCGUAUCCUCCUCUUCCCUUGGCGACAUAAACCAUGGUCGCGUCGAAGCAGACGUGCUGAGAAUGGACAAGUGGAACUCUUAUCGCCCAAGGAAGAUGUCAAUGCACCGGAUCUGUAUAUCCCACUCAUGGCGUUUGUUACAUACAUUCUCGCAGUGGCCUUGCACUUCGGCUUGAAGUCAGACUUCCGUCCAGACAUCCUCGGCGUCAGGGCGUCGACUGGUUUGGUCGUGAUCCUGCUGGACUUCGCAUUUGUGAAGCUAGGUUGCUACCUUUUGAACAUUCAGGGAGCAAGCCAAGUACUGGAUUUGCUAGCCUACAAUGGAUACAAAUUCGUAGGGGUCAUCGUAACGCUAAUAGCAGGUAUGCUCAAUAUUCGAGGGACACUAUACCUCCUGGUAUUCCUAUAUUCGUUCUUUGCCACUGCGUUUUUCCUAGUAAGUUCUGUUUUUCAUUCACACAUGCCCUCUCCGUUCCCUACGUUCUGUCGUCUUACCAGACGCCUCAGCAACAGCUUCACCAGUCAACACCGCACAACGGUCACGACGAAUCACGUUUCUUUUCCUCGUCGCCAUGCUACAGGUUGUCUAUAUGGCCAUUUUGGUAUGGGUGUAGUCGUGACAUGGCUAUUCAUGUGUAGACGUUUCCCGCGUAUGGACGUCGUAGGGUAUCUUAUCCCUAUUGGAAUCUAACUCUGUUCCUGAACAUU